CGCACAUUACUGCUCAUCAUCCCAACAUUUAGGGUAUCUUCUGAUAUUCGAUAAUGGCUGAGCAACCAGACUCUGCUCCGCAAAGUUCGUCGUCAUCGUCGAGUGCUGCUCCUCUCGGUCAUUCUGUAAUUCCAAUCGUCAAUAAACUCCAAGACAUAUUCGCUCAGCUCGGUAGCACGUCCAUGAUCGAGUUGCCUCAGGUUGCCGUUGUCGGAAGUCAAAGCAGCGGGAAAUCCAGUGUCCUCGAAUCUCUUGUUGGAAGGGAUUUUCUUCCCAGGGGUUCAGAUAUUUGUACACGAAGGCCUUUGGUGUUGCAGUUAGUGCAGACGAAACGAAAACCCGAUGGGACUGAGGAGGAGUACGGCGAGUUCUUGCACUUGCCAAAGAAGAGGAUUUAUGACUUCUCUGAGAUACGUAGGGAAAUUCAGGCAGAAACUGAACGGGAAGCAGGAGGAAACAAGGGUGUUUCAGACAAACAGAUUCGUCUAAAGAUCUACUCUCCAAAUGUUCUUGAUAUCACAUUGGUGGAUUUGCCUGGAAUAACAAAAGUACCGGUUGGUGACCAACCAUCUGAUAUUGAGGCACGGAUUAGAACGAUGAUAUUGUCUUACAUCAAACAUCCAAGUUGUUUAAUUUUAGCAGUUACACCAGCAAAUUCAGACUUGGCAAAUUCAGAUGCACUUCAGAUUGCAGGCACUGCUGAUCCUGAUGGUUAUCGGACUAUUGGUGUAAUAACAAAGUUGGAUAUUAUGGACAGAGGCACUGAUGCCCGUAAUUUUUUGCUUGGAAAAGUGAUCCCACUUCGACUUGGUUAUGUGGGUGUCGUGAACCGCAGUCAAGAGGAUAUCAUUCAGAACCGGAGUAUUAAGGAUGCACUUGUUUAUGAGGAGAACUUCUUCCGCAGUCGUCCUGUAUACAAUGGUCUUGCUGAUCGUUGUGGCAUUCCUCAGUUAGCGAAGAAGUUGAACCAGAUUUUAGUACAACAUAUUAAGACUGUACUUCCGGGGUUAAAAUCACGCAUAAGUUCUGCAUUGGUUGCUGUGGCAAAGGAGCAUGCCAGCUAUGGAGAAAUCACUGAAUCAAAAGCUGGACAAGGGGCUCUUCUCUUGAACAUUCUUACAAAAUAUUCUGAAGCCUUUGCUUCAAUGGUGGAGGGGAAAAAUGAACAGAUGUCGACAUCAGAGUUGUCGGGAGGAGCACGAAUUCAUUACAUCUUCCAGUCAAUCUUUGUGAAGAGCUUGGAAGAAGUGGAUCCAUGUGAUGAUUUAACUGAUGAUGACAUUCGUACUUCUAUUCAGAAUGCAACUGGUCCAAAAUCUGCUUUAUUUGUACCUGAGGUGCCAUUUGAGGUUCUUGUUCGAAGGCAGAUAUCCCGUUUAUUAGAUCCAAGCCUUCAGUGUGCAAGGUUUAUCUAUGAUGAGUUAAUAAAGAUGAGCCAUCGUUGUCUGGGCAGUGAACUCCAGCGGUUUCCCAUUCUCAGAAAGCGCAUGGAUGAGGUUAUUGGAAACUUUUUGCGAGAAGGCCUUGAACCUUCAGAGACAAUGAUUGGACACAUUAUUGAGAUGGAGAUGGACUAUAUUAACACUUCACACCCGAAUUUUAUUGGUGGGAGUAAAGCUGUAGAGAUUGCACUCCAGCAAAUCAAGUCCUCGAGAGUACCUGCAGCUUUACUGAGAGCAAAGGAUGGGGUAGAUUCUGAUAAAGUACCAGCCUCCGAGAAAAGUCUGAAAUCUCGAGCCAUUCUUGCUAGAUCAGCAGCGAAUGGAAUUGUUGCUGAUCAUGGAGUUCGGCCUGGUGCAGAUAGUGAAAGAACUGGUAUAUCAGGAAAUACCACUGGCCCAAGUUGGGGAAUUUCAUCAAUUUUUGGCGGGGGCGAAAACCGUACAUCUGCAAGAGAGAGUUCUAUAGGCAAGCCAUAUAAUGAACGUGUUCAAAUGUUGGAGCACUCCAUGUCUAUGAUCCAGUUGAAAGAGCCCCCAACCAUCUUGAAGCCCUCAGAAACCCAUUCUGAGCAGGAGUCAAUCGAAAUAACAGUCACAAAACUGCUAUUGAGGUCAUAUUAUGACAUUGUCAGGAAGAACAUAGAAGACGCUGUUCCUAAAGCAAUUAUGCACUUCCUGGUCAACCAUACAAAACGAGAGCUGCACAAUGUCUUCAUUAAAAAACUUUACAGAGACAACCUUUUUGAAGAGAUGCUGCAGGAACCUGAUGAGGUUGCAAUGAAAAGGAAGCGGACUCGAGAUACACUCAAAGUUUUGCAACAAGCUUUCCGGACAUUGGAUGAGUUACCUCUUGAAGCUGAAACAGUUGAGACGGGUUACAGUUUGGCCACUGAUCCAACUGGAUUGCCAAAGAUCCACGGGCUUCCUUCAUCAUCUUUCUAUGCUACAAGCAGUGAUUCCAGUUUCCACAUGUCUUCACCAAAGAACCCAAAGUCCCGGAAGUCAUCUCACUCAGGGGAACUACAAUCGCCAGUGCAUGCAAAUACAGAUUCGAAUGGCGGUGGACGCCACUCCAUACUGGGGUCCUACCCAACAGUUGAUCUGUAAGCAAUUGAAACAGCAUGUCAAGCAGGGUUUUGUUGGUAAUCUAGUAUAUUCAUUUUGUUCCCUUUCUCACAUUUCAAGAUAUGUGAGAUAUUUACCUGCUAGAAUUCUUUGAACAAAGAGUUUAUAUCUUCUUUCAGCAAGAUUUUUGUCUUUCGUACAAAUCCCCGUGUAUUUCUUCAUCAGUCCAGCGAUAUUCCCCAUAAAAUAAUAAUUACAGCCACGCCUCUGUUUUACAAGAAAGCUCAACCAUUAUUUUCUUGUUGGUAGUCUCAUGUUGAGGAGUUAUCUCCACCAAAGUGCUUGAGCCAGUUUACAUCUGGGGGUAAGAGAUCCUCAUAAACUCCUUUUAAAUUGAAAGAACCCCAUGACUCUUUCCAGCUGAUCGUAUAUGCUCAUUUUUGCAGUGACGAUACUUUUGGUUAUUGCCCA